ACCGUUGACUUACGACUGCGAUUAAGAAGGAUUUGUCAGAAGCAGAAGAAUACUCGCCUAUAACAGGCGAAACGCAUUCGUUUUCGGCAUGAACAACGCCGAGAUCGCCGCCAAGGUUGGCGACGUAUUUACGGCAGCGGGGAACGCCUUCUCGCAACUUGGAGAAUUGUCGACACAGCUGUAUUCCAACACCGACCAAAACCUUGUUGGGGGCAAGUGGACGGAAGAAGAGAUUGAAAUGCUCAGACUAGCGGUCCGACGGUUUUCGGACGAUCUGAAGAAACUCUCCGAGUGUAUAAAAAGCCGUGCUGUUUUGCAGAUCAAAACCAACAUGAAGAGGAAAGCUGUGGAAACCGCUAGUCUGCCGGCUAAAAAGACCAUCGCACCGAACAAUGGCACGAAACAAGGCCCGUCUGUCACGAUCAAGAAAGAAAGUUCGCAACAAGCAGCCCUCGCUGCGACGAUACUCGCCCAGCAGAAGCAAACGUCGGCCGAUAUCACGCUGAACAUGCUCAAUGCAACGGAGAGCGAAGUGGACGUGGUGGGGCUAACCGAAACGCAUAAACUGGAAUACGACUCGAACUGAACGCCGAAUCACCCCCCGAUAGUGUAUUCGGAAGCGGAGCGCACGCCAAUUUGCUGCGCCAUCGAUGUGGUCGUCGCUCGCCCGUGCACACCCUGCGGACGAGCUCCGGAAAUGCGAUAUGAGGUUGGCUCACUCAUAAUUUUGUAAACUUCUGUACAAUUGUGAAUUAAUGCAAAAUGAAUAAAUA